ACCCACUUGCCAAACUAAUUAGUUUCAUACAUACCAUUUUUCAAAUUACUUAUUUGACUGUCAGGCAAGACAGGCAGACAAAUUAAUUUUAUACUAAAAAAGAAACUAGUGAACGAAAGAAGCAAAACAAAAUGUCUCUUGUUCCGUACGACUACGAUAACGACUGGUUGGAUUUCAAACGUCGUGUUCGUUUCAACACAGACAUCACACCUAGCGAUUUACUACCCACUCCUGCAUCAUGGGCCAUUUACCGCUCCAUUUGCAGUUCAACUGGUAGUGUCCGUCCAUGGAUGGAUUCGAAUUGGUCUAAUUUGGACGGCAUGGAGCGUGAAGUUCAUGUCACCAAAGACAUUUUCCAAGUUUCCCUCGACGUGCGUCAUUUCAAAUCGUACGAAAUUUCGGUGAAAGUUGUUAACAACUCGAUUGUGAUCGAAGGAAGACACGAUAAACGUCCACAAAUUGACGGAUAUGUUGCGCGCAAAUUCGAACGUCGAUUCGAUUUGGCUAAAGUGUUUAAAAUAAGAGAUGUUAAUUCGACCCUCUCUACCGAUGGCAUUCUCACCGUCACAGCAUAUCCAGAAUAUCCGACAAUUCUGCCGAAUGUAAGACACGUUCCCGUUGUUCAAACGUUCCGUCCGUCGCAUUGGGAUUAAGGAGUGGAUUUUUUUAAAUAUUGUUUGUCUUCAUAAUCUUCACACUGUGAAACCUUCAAAGUGUAAUGUGUACACAGUCAGUGUUGAUAAAUACACAUAAAA